AUGCGUCAUCUCGACGAACGUAUUGCAUGGAAAGACGAUGUUUUCUGUAUCUUACGUUACCUCUCUAUUGCUACGCAUGCACUGGGUCCGCAAUUAAAGCGCAAAGAUUACGAUGCGAUUAAAAAAGAUCUUAUCCAGACAUUCGGUCUCCAAUAUCUUGUGUUAAUUCAUGCCAUGGAACAAAUUGGACUGCUAAAUUUGAUAGAUCCAACGAAAAGCUCAUCAGCGUUACGAACAAACGAAACGCCGCUCGAACGAUUGAAACGGGAAUUCAAUUUACUACAAGGUGAUGAAACAGUCAAUGUCACUGAUCCACAAGAUGUUUCGUACAUUUUCUAUCAAUAUGCCCCGAUCACUAUUCGAUUAAUUGAGAAAAUCGUUUUUCAAACAUCGACGAACAUUCAAGAAACAAUGAAUAAUUUGCCUGGUACGACAUUUAUCGAUACGCAACAAGUUCCAAUGGAAUUAAAACGUCAUCGACAUGAUUCCACCGCCUCGUUGAAUUCACUGAAUAAAACGACAAAACCAGCAAAUCAGUUGCAGCAGCAAAGUAUCGAAUCUAAAGCUACCUUAGUCGUGUUCGUUGGCGGAGUGACUUAUGGAGAAAUCGCUGCACUACGAUUUCUCGCUGAUAAAAAUCAUGACUUUGUUAUUGCAACAACACAUUUCGUAAAUGGAAAGAGUUUAAUGAAAUCUUUACUCGAUGUGCCAAUCUUACCUCUGUGA